UGGUCCUUUUGGUAGCUACAGGUUGUUAGGAUCUUGUCUCGAUAGGAGGGAGUUAGCCGUCCAUAUCUGUGCACUCACAAGCUUCGCGACAGCUUUUUAUUUAAUUUAAGUACAAAAUUACACUUCAAUAUGAGUAUUUCAGUUAAUUACAGUCACAUGCUUUGUGGUUUUGGAGAGGGAGAAUUGAAAAAGGAUAAUUGAAUUCACAGCAUGGUCGGUAGGCGUCCUUUGGAGAUUGGUUUGGUUUUGUGCUUCACAAUUUCAACCGUGUAUUACAGAAUGCACUCAUCACCCACAGUGAAAAACAUUCCGUGGCUCCCUUUGAAAAGAAAUUAAGUUGCUGUGGCAAGCUAAUAAUGUUUAUCGAUGUUCUAUUGGAUGCUACAUAUGAAAAGUACAUAAUAUUCAGCAACUCUCUGUUUGUACAUGUUUAUGACGCUGUUGUUGGGUGAAACAGGAAGUUUUUUUAUGUUGUGCAUUUAUUUUCUAUGUGAUCUCCACCUUUUCUUUUGAUCAAGCUUGUUCGAGAGGGUCUCAUGAAUUUUUAUUGUGCCCUAGCUUGUUUGACCUGAGCAAGUUAUUGGUAUAUGUACCUGCAGGCGGAGCAGCGGGUGGGGGAGCGAAAUCAGGCGAUGGCCAGCAAGUCAAGGCCGUCACGACGGCCGGUGGCGCAACACGCGACUAUGGCGGACCAGGUGGUGCGUGAGGGGCUGCCGCUGUCGCGUGCUGCCAGAACAAGCAGCAGGGGAGCUUCCACUUGGCGCGUGCGUCUCCUUCCUUUGGCAGAAGUAGCAGGUGAGGAAGAACCAGCUGCCGACGGGCGAGGUUAUGGGGUACCUGGAGGCCAAGCACCACCUGCUGCUCUUGUCUCACCCAUCACUUUGUUUAUAUGCCAAGUUUCAAGUGAGCUUGUCAUAGCUUAUAUUGUUGCUUUUGUGGAUACUGCUACCCGUUGCUUCAAUGCUGCCUUAACUUGUUAGCAUGUUCAUGUGAAUUGUCUAACUGCUGCCUGUUAAUUACUACUACUCACUGCCGCUGUAUUCUAUUGGCACGAACUCUGCUGCCCGUGUAUUAUAUAUAUUCUUCUUGCUCAAGCACAAGAGCACUA